CGUAGGGCACGGAUCAGACCCUCUUGGAGCUGCUCCACAGCCCGCAUGUCCGAGAUACCAGAGCGAUCUGAGGAGCACAGAGGAUGCCAGUAGACCAGCACCACAGCCAUGAAGAGGGCCAUUUCAUCUGGUUCUAGCCCCAGGGAGCCCAACUUCUCACUGAACUCAAACAUUGCAUCCAGCAGGGAACCCAUGCCCAAAGCCCGCAGGGUGGACAGAGGCAUGUCUGCUGCGGUCCUCCUUUACGCCGCUGGGGGGAGCCACAGUGCCAGGAAUCUGCGCACUCGGUAGCUCCCAUCAACGCCCCUGAGCCGCCGGGACACAGUGACGGAUUGGCAACAAACGAGGGUAAUCUGACAAAUGACUGAAAUGAUCUCUGAGGCGUAAAACCAAACGGCGUGCUCCUUGCAAGCUGCUGUGCUGUCAUAGCGGAGGAUCUCUCCGAAGACUGGCCGUGACUUUGCUCUGUCUCCUCCUCACAGCAAAACUUCGGUGCGCUUGUCAGUCAACUCUCUUAAUGUUUCAAACUUCUGGGGAAUGCGCUUCGCUCUUGAAGCCGAGGCUAGACGAGGAAGCUCCGCUCAUCAGACCCUCCCGUCAAGCAAUUCAUCUCUCCGUCUGCCUCACUGACACCGGAGCUGAAAAGUGAACUGGAUGACUCUUCUAAAGUGGAGUCUGGCGUUCCCUCAGUAAACCAGAGGUCCCGUCGUCACUCAUCCAUUCCCCAAACCCUGAGAGCCUUCGAAAGGACACGGAUUUCGACUUUUCCGGGGAUUUCCAGGUGUUGUGAGAGUGUUCCCUUCAGCCAGCGGCCUGCUGCGGACCCCUGGGUGCUCCGUCGUCAUGGCUACCAACAGGGAACAGCAGGUGGGUCACAUGACCGGCUUCCCACCUGCUGUCUACCCCUUCGCCUUCAACUCCAUGAGAAGCCACUCCCCCUUCGACCUGCUGGCCAACAGCAGCCUGUUUGGGAGAUUUGGUGCUGACCUGCCCAAGGAGAUGGCUGCUCUCUCGGUGGAGACCCAGAGCACCAGCUCAGAGGAGAUGGUACCCAGUUCUCCAUCUCCACCUCCCCCACCUCGGGUCUACAAGCCCUGCUUUGUGUGUCAGGACAAGUCCUCAGGGUACCACUAUGGGGUCAGCUCCUGUGAGGGCUGCAAGGGUUUCUUCCGCCGCAGUAUCCAGAAGAACAUGGUGUACACCUGCCACAGAGACAAGAACUGUCAGAUUAACAAGGUCACACGCAACCGCUGCCAGUACUGCAGGCUGCAGAAGUGCUUUGAGGUCGGCAUGUCCAAGGAAGCGGUGCGUAACGACAGAAACAAGAAAAAGAAAGAUGUGAAGGAGGAGGUGGUGCUUCCAGAGAGCUAUGAGCUAAGUGGAGAGCUAGAGGAGCUGGUCAAUAAAGUCAGCAAAGCUCACCAAGAAACUUUCCCGUCACUUUGCCAACUUGGCAAAUACACCACCAACUCCAGCUCAGACCACCGUGUCCAGCUGGAUCUCGGUCUAUGGGACAAGUUCAGUGAGCUCUCCACCAAAUGCAUCAUCAAAAUUGUGGAAUUCGCCAAGCGGCUGCCAGGUUUCACCACCCUCACCAUCGCUGAUCAGAUCACUCUACUCAAGUCAGCCUGCCUGGACAUACUGAUGCUGCGGAUCUGCACACGCUACACUCCAGAACAGGACACUAUGACCUUCUCAGAUGGCCUGACUCUGAACCGGACUCAGAUGCACAAUGCCGGCUUCGGACCGCUCACAGACCUGGUGUUUGCCUUCGCUGGCCAGCUUCUACCCCUGGAGAUGGACGACACAGAAACUGGCCUCCUCAGUGCCAUCUGCCUCAUCUGUGGAGACCGUAUGGAUCUCGAGGAGCCACAGAAAGUGGAUAAGCUGCAAGAGCCUCUACUGGAGGCUUUAAAGAUCUACGCUCGCCGCCGUCGGCCCAACAAACCCCACAUGUUCCCCCGCAUGCUCAUGAAGAUCACCGACCUCAGGGGCAUCAGCACCAAGGGCGCGGAGAGAGCCAUCACUCUGAAGAUGGAGAUCCCAGGGCCAAUGCCUCCUUUGAUCAGGGAAAUGCUUGAGAAUCCAGAGGCCUUCGAAGACCAACCAGAGUGCAAUGACAGCCCACCGCCUCCGCCGCCGCCGCCACCUCCACCGCCAGCCCUCGUCCUGAAGCAGGAGGCCGAGGAUGAGGACGACAGCUGGGCCACAGAGAAUGGCAGCGAGCCAUCGCCGGAGGAGGAGGACGAGGACGACGAUGACGACGUGGGGGAUGAAGAGCGAGACAGGGGCUCGGACAGUGACGGGGAGCCCUGGGGGGUUCUCGACGCCAUAGAUGGCUCGAGGAAAGGCCUUGCUGGGAGGGCACAGUGAACUUUGAAAUUUCAUACAUACAUACAUACACUGAUUCAUGCAUACACACACACACACACACACACACACACACACACAGACAUACGACACAACCUCACUCUCUCCCACCUCAAGAAAAUGCUGGCCUUCCCAUCCUUUACCCCUUCUCUCUCUCCUUACUGCACAUGAUUGUGUUCUCCACAGCGGAGCACAGCAGAGCCUUAUGUGUACAGACACUUCUAACUCAGGCCACAUGGUCCAUGACAAGGAACUACAGAAAGAUAAAGUAAAGGAGAGAUGACAGGAAACCAUAUGAACUCCUGGCAUAGCCAAGAGGGAAGUUAAUGCGACUUGAGAAAGCUAAAUGUCUCUUCUUUUUUUUUUUCCACUAUUGUUGUUUAUAUCUGAAUAGGGGAACGGCCAAACCAGACACCAGAACUGAGCAGUUGAUUCCGAUGGAUUACAACAAGCACAUUUCUCAAAAGAAAACAAGAGUACAGGGCAAAACCAAAUCAAGUAUGCUAAUCUUUGUUUUUGUGGUUAUUGCUUUUGAAUAUUGUUUUCAGCUUUUCUUUUCUUUUUUUUUCAAUUUUAUGAAUAAGUCCAUACAUAUCUAUAUACCAUUAUAUUUUUGUCUUUUAUUUGUUAUUCUGGUUUUAUAUAUGAAUCCUUUUAGACACGUUUUUUUUCUUUGAAGAGCUUUCCUAAGAAGAUAUUCAGAGGGAAAGAAGGGUAAUCAGAACUGGCUGGGUCUUCCUUAACAGCUACAUAUGCUUAGCUGGGGCUUUUUUGGGCACUUUGGCUCACUGUGGAUGUCAAUGAUAAUCAACCCAGAGGACUAUUGUUAUGUUGCAGUGACUUAUCAGUUUCUGUUAUCAGGGAAUUGGCAUUAUUCUAUUUUUGCUCUCGUUGCAGCCAACAUACGCUGUCAAUGCGGAAAAUAAACUUUGUGCCAAAGUUAGGAAAAGUCAUCUUUGGAGCAUGAAUUUGACUACUGGCAGGGACUCCAGCCAUGAUCCAGCGCUCACUUACACCAUGCACUAACACAAAAAAAAAAAACACACCCUCCAUCUAUAUACACACACACAAACACACACAUACAAACACACUCCUUUCACUCUACCCUCAGCUGUUAGCAGAUGUGCCGACCUGGCAUUGAGUGCCCGGACAUAGAUUUACACUUGACCGUAUAUGUAGCACUUUUGUGAUCCUCUAUUCAAGUAAGGCACAUCUCGUCAGCUGAGAGUAGAUUCUAACAUCUGUGAGCUUAUAUCUCCAUCAGCAUGUCCGAACGAUGACAGCAUAUUGAAUACAAUCAACCUUAGAGCACUCCCCGAUGAUGUCAGUAGACAAAUACACAAAAAAAAAAAAACAUCCACACAUCGUAGCAACAUAUGCGUCAUUACAACGAUCAAAGACAUAUGCAAGUCUAAAGCAGGAAUCCUUAUGGAAGAUAUUUUGGAAUCAGACUCAGGGCUUUUCAGUAAGGACCAAACCCUAGCUGCUUGCAGGCACGCUAGAAACAGGCAAUAUUUAUGUGUGUAUUCUUCACUCAGUUUUGAUCGGCUCAACCCCUCUGCGUAUACAUAGAAGGUGACAAGUCUGAACAACAGCAUGGAUGCCAGUCUGACUCUCUUAAAGGGGUGAGCGGGGGGAGUGGGGGGGGGGGGGGGGACAAAUCAUCACCGUCAUCAUCAUCACUGCCCCGCCUGUUCUUGCGCGCUGGCAUCCAUGCAGCAAACUGCCUUCUCAUCCCAAAAGCCAUUAUAUCAUCUUGUCUUCUUGUGUAUACGGUAUCCUCACUUCUCUUUAAACGAUCUGCGGAGGAUUAUGUGUUCUCAUGUAUCAUUUCUAUAUUGCCAAAACGUCUCACUAGGCGAUCAGCUGGGAGAACGCAGCUGAUACACAGUACAGAGGUUUUUUUUCUGUCUCUCUUUGAAGCAAUAUGAACAUUCUUUCUGUAGUUGGUGAGAGGUCCCAUCUUCUGAAUAUGGGCAAGUCUCAUCAUUUUGAGUUGUGCGCGAGUGCGUGUGUGUGUGAGUGAAUGUUUGCGUGUGUGCGUGCGUGUGUGAAUGCUUUAACAUGUUUUCAGUCAUAGGAUGAAUGUCCUCGGUAUGGUGCUGUCACACAUGAAACUUGUGUGAUGACCUCAUCCCUUCUCUCUCUGCUGGGCUGUCAUGAUGUUAAUGAUGGUAAUGCAGGCAGAAUAUUGAGAUUAUGUUGUUUUUUUUUUUGUUUUUGUUUUUCAACAUGGCCAAGGUGUUGUCUACCCUCUGUUUAUGUCAACUCUUGUCAUACAAAGAAAAGCCAUAUAAACAGUAAGAGGCACAAUAAACUACUUUUGUGAGAUUA